AUGGCGUCGGGGUCAAGGCAGUCUGGACUGGAGGCCAAGUCUGAAUCGUCUCUGCUCGAUCCCUCGUUGUUUUCCUGGAUGAGUCGGGACUCCCAGCAGAAAGUCAACGAAAUUUCAGACGACGAUGAGUCAAGAAGAAAAGAGAAAGACUCAGACUGCG